AUGGCAGAAGACCGAGGUUUACUAGAUGCUGUCCAGCAGGUUCACACUGCGGCAAAUAAUUUGGCCGGAGAUGAUACACUGGACGUCUGGAUAACGAGAGCAGGAAAUGAAGAACUCGCAAAUGGAGAGAGGGAAGCUGGGACAAGAUUUCAAUCGCGGUCCCGAAGAUGCGAGGUCCAAUCUGAUGAGGAGCUGAAAGCAGAGCUGGAGCGGGAGUUUCUGAACCCCUCUCCUCGGUUUAGUACCCCGUGGUUGAAUAAGUUGCAACAGCGAUGGGAAGUUCCUGUAGACUACACGAACCUCUUUGAACUAGCACCACCACAGACCCGCACAAUCAUUCGGUUUACGCGGGAAGGGCUGGAAGGCAGGGUCACUGGUUAUCGCGAGGUAACUGUUCCUGCGAGCAGCGCUACAGCGAAAAAUUCUACGUCAUUGCUUAGACGACCUGCGGGCCGUGCUGAUUUCGUCCGCGGCGCUGCCGGAUUCUUUCCGUUUGCACCAGGCGGGCUGGAAGGCGUGGAAGCGAUUGCUGAACUUGAGUCUGAUGCUCAGAAUGAUGGGCGUCAGACUUCUGCGGGAGGAAAAGGAUCGAGAUUAGACCGAAUCAUCAAUUUUGGCGUGGAAGGUGGGCUGUUGGAGGUUCCCCCGGGAUUCUCCCGGGGAUCGAAAUUCGAGAAGACUAAGAGCAAGGAUGAUGAGGGUGAUGCACGAGACGUGGAAGACACGUUAGAACAGGAGGAGAAAGACACGGAUGAACCGACGCAGGAGGGGGUUUCUCCUGGUGAAGAUAGAAACCUCCAAAUCACCGAAGAACUCCAAGAGGGUUUAUCCAGUGAUGAAGAGGAAGAAGAUAUCGAUUCUUUACUACCCGUUGAAUACCCGGCCUUGGAACCAAGGGGCCAGCUCCUUGCGCCUACUUCGAAAAAAGGAGGUAAAGAGUGGGCUCAUGUGGUGGAUAUCAACAAGGAGAUUACAAAUUUUUACGACCUGGUACCGGAUAUGGCAAGGGAAUGGCCGUUCGAACUGGAUACUUUUCAAAAGGAGGCAGUCUACCACCUGGAAAAUGGAGAUUCUGUUUUCGUUGCCGCUCACACAUCUGCUGGAAAAACGGUUGUGGCAGAGUAUGCGAUUGCGCUCGCUGCCAAACACAUGACGAAAGCAAUUUAUACUUCUCCGAUUAAAGCCUUAAGUAAUCAAAAGUUCCGCGACUUCAGAACUACUUUUGAGGAUGUUGGAAUCCUGACGGGAGACGUCCAGAUUAACCCCGAGGCGAGCUGCUUGAUCAUGACUACAGAAAUUCUGAGGAGUAUGCUUUACCGCGGAGCUGAUCUAAUUCGCGAUGUAGAGUUUGUCAUUUUUGACGAAGUGCACUAUGUAAAUGACCUGGAAAGAGGCGUGGUUUGGGAAGAAGUCAUCAUUAUGCUACCGGAACACGUCACUCUAAUUCUGCUCUCAGCUACGGUUCCAAACACAUACGAAUUUGCCUCUUGGGUUGGCCGGACCAAGAAGAAGGAUAUCUAUGUCAUCUCGACACCCAAGCGCCCGGUCCCAUUAGAGCAUUACCUGUGGGCGGAUAAAAGCAUGCACAAAAUCGUCGACUCAAACAAAAAUUUCAUCGAGAAGGGAUGGAAGAAAGCGGAUGAUAUUUUGUCCGGGCGAGACAAACUUCGUGCUCAGAAAGCGGCGGAAGCCCAGUCCAAUACCAACAAUAGAGGCGGUCAUGGAGACAGGGGCCGUGGUGGGCAACCCCAACGUGGCAACCAACGAGGUGGGGCUCAGCGUGGAGGCACCCAACAAAGAGGGAGUGCACAGCAGCGCGGCAGAGGCCAACCUGUGUCUCGUGGAACUGGUAAUAUCGCUAGAACAGGCCGAGGCGGUGGGCGCACGACUGUUGCACAAGACCGAAAUAUCUGGGUCCAUCUUGUACAACACUUGCGAAAGGAAAACCUGUUACCCGCGUGUAUUUUUGUGUUUUCCAAGAGAAGAUGCGAGGAAAAUGCAGAUUCUUUAUCUAAUCAGGAUUUCUGCACGGCAUCGGAAAAGAGCACUAUCCAUAUGAUCAUUGAAAAGUCGCUGGCAAGGCUGAAGACGGAAGAUAGAGGACUUCCACAAAUUCGUCGGGUUAGGGAGCUGCUGAGUAGAGGUAUUGGGGUUCACCAUGGCGGCCUCUUACCUAUCAUCAAGGAAAUUGUUGAAAUAUUAUUCGCAAAAACCUUGGUGAAAGUGCUGUUUGCUACAGAAACUUUUGCAAUGGGUCUGAACCUGCCGACGAGGACUGUCGUAUUUUCUGGCUUCCGAAAACAUGACGGUCGGUCAUUUAGAGAUCUCCUUCCAGGCGAAUAUACCCAAAUGGCAGGGAGAGCGGGUCGACGUGGGCUUGACACAGUCGGAUCUGUAAUAAUUGUUGCGUCUGGCAAGGAUGAGGCGCCUCCCGCCGGCACUUUACGACGCAUGAUUCUAGGCGAUCCGACCAAGCUUCGAUCCCAAUUCCGACUUACCUAUAACAUGAUAUUAAAUCUCCUGCGGGUAGAAGCCUUGAAGAUUGAAGAGAUGAUCAAGCGAAGCUUCAGUGAAAAUGCAACCCAAGCACUCCUGCCGGAGCACCAGAAACAAGUGCAACUGUCCGAAGCUAGUUUGGAGAAAAUAAAACGGGAGCCAUGCGCCAUAUGUGAUAUCGACAUGGAGACUUGUCACGAAGCCGCAGUGGAGUAUUCGCGGCUAACUACCAAACUUCAUAUCAACCUACAUGCAUCUCCUGUGGGGCGACGCUUAUUCUCCGCCAAGACCGUGGUUGUCUUUAAAAAGAACGGCAUCAGGACAGUUGGUAUGCUCGCUCGCGAUGGUAUGGCUCCCGGGCCAAACCUUGGCCUACAAGUGUUCGAAUUCGGCCCAAUCAGUGCGAGCCGGCAUCCAAGUGAUAUCCUUCCGUAUCUACCAGCAUUUCGACAUUUAUUUUCGCCGCUGUCAACAAAUCCUAACGAGAUGGUGUUGAAGACUUACAAGAUUCCACUUGAGGACCUUGAAUGUGUAACCACGACGGUUGUAAAAAUAGGUGGCCCAACUUGGUAUCUGAAUAUUAAGAAAGUCGAGAUUCUUAACCAGCGGCAGGCACAAGUCGCUAUCGUCGAAUCCAGCGAGUGUCUGCAGUGCCCAGAAUUUCUGAAACAUUUUGAGAUGCAACAUGACGAAUGGCAGGUAAAAGAGAACAUUUCACAGUUAAAACAGUUAAUGUCGGAUCAAAAUCUGCAACUUCUACCGGACUACGAGCAGCGGAUUUUGGUCUUGAAAGAUCUUGGUUUCGUUGAUGAGGCUUCUCGAGUCCAAUUGAAGGGGAAGGUUGCCUGUGAGAUCCAUUCAGCGGACGAACUCGUCCUGACAGAAUUGAUUCUAGAAAAUGUGUUUGCAGAAUAUGAGCCAGAAGAGAUUGUUGCACUGCUGUCCGCCUUCGUCUUCCAGGAGAAGACCGAGAGUGUCCCAACGCUAACACCACGGCUUGAAAAGGGGAAAGAGGCCAUAAUCAAGAUAUCGGAAAAGGUAAAUGACUUUCAAAUCCAACACCAAGUGAUCCUCUCGAGCGAAGACUCCAACGACUUCGCGAGCAAGCCACGAUUCAGCCUUGUCGAGGUGGUGUACGAGUGGGCUCGGGGAAUGUCAUUCAACCGGAUCACAGACUUGACUGAUGUGAUGGAAGGCACAAUUGUACGUGUUAUCACACGACUGGACGAAACGUGUCGGGAGGUGAAGAGUGCAGCCAAGCUGGUGGGCGAUCCAACGCUGUAUAGCAAGAUGCAACAGGCACAGGAACUGAUUAAGCGCGACGUAAUAUUCGCGGCAUCUCUUUACAUGUAA